AAACAUGAAGCGUAUAUAUAGAGACGCCUGUGACACAUAGACAGAUCCUCUAACAGUGGCUGAAGAACCAAAGAAAAGACUAAAGGCAAAAUGAAGAGCUUAUUACACAUGAUUGUGCUCUGCAGAACACUUUCAUGUGCUUGGCCUGUUCCCCCAAACACUGAACAAGCCACAGAAAAGGACAAUCAACUUGCUGAGAAGUGGCAUUCAUACACUGUGAAUGAAAUAUGGAGGCACAGACUGGAGGUUCCUCAUAUUUGGGAAUAUGCUAUUAUUCCAUUAUUUCCAAGAUGGAAGAAAAAAACUCUGACAUAUAGAAUUUCAAAGUACACCAAACAGAUGACUCAUGCUGAGGUAGAUGAAAUCAUCAAGAAAGCUUUUGGAGUAUGGAGUCAAUACACCUGUUUGAACUUCACGCAGAGUUGGGACGCAUCAGAUAUAGAUAUAUCUUUUGGUGUUAGAAUUCACUCAGACAUACCAGAGGACUGCCCAUUUGAUGGAAAAAAGGAUGUGCUGGCUCAUGCUUUUGUAUCUGUUGAGGACGAUAUUAAAGGUUAUGUCCAUUUUGACGAUGACGAAAAAUGGACAAAGGAUUUAAGAGGAAGUAACCUUUUUCAUGUUGCUGUCCACGAAAUUGGCCACAUAUUGGCUCUUGACCAUUCAAGCAUUAAUGAGGCUGUGAUGUAUGCAUAUUAUGAGGGACAGGAUUCAAUAACCUUCCAACUUCACCAGGACGACAUUGACGGCAUCCAGGCUGUUUAUGGUAAAUGCAGAUUCCCAGCAGAAGGACAUCCUGGAAAUUGCUCUCAUCAGCCGAACCACCCAGAACCACUAUUGAAACAGAAGUCUCAGGAUCUGUGUGACCUAAAUAUUUCUUUUGAAGCUGUCACAACUUUCCAAGGCCACAUUUACUUUUUUGCCGACAGAGAUUUCAUUUUGAAGGAUCCUGUGGAAAGAAGACAUGUAGAGAAAUCUAUUGCUUCUUUAUGGCCAAUUUUGAAAUGUGGCAUAGAUGCUGCUUAUGAAGUUGAAGAUAAACACACCUUAUAUAUUUUCAAAGGACGGAAGUACAGGACUGUUGUUGGAGACAUUCAUAAUCUCAGUUUGCCAGAGUUUACCAGCACCCUGGGUUUCCCUGAAAAACCCAUUGAUGCCGCUGUUCAUGACCAGGAAACAAAGGAAACAUUGUUCUUUUCAGGCGAUGAGUACUGGAGCUUUGAUGAAGAGACAAGGUCUAUAGACGAGGGGUAUCCCAGGAAGAUAGCAGCUGACUUCCCUGAAAUUGGCUCCAGAGUAGAUGCUGCAUUUCAGUAUAACGGAAUUUUGUAUUUACUUAGAGGCCAAAAGCAAUAUGAGUUUGACUCUACAACCUAUGAGCUUAUUGAUAUAAAGAAGACCACCAGCUGGUUUGGCUGCCCAGAAUGAAAUAGCCAAGAAUGAUAGCGUUCUUUUUCCUCUAUGUAUCACAUACUGAACGUCUUGUUGAUCACUGGCAUUCAUUGAUCCCUGUUCCUAAGCAAUAAAACAUUGGUAAUUAUUGAUGCAUUUUAAUCGCUGGAGAAAUUUAAAUUCACCCUCUGUCACACUUAUAUAAAUGAUUACAACCAUUCUACUAAUUGUUUGAUCUCUACAUUGCU